UUUUUUUAAUUAUUGUUCAAAUUAGAAACACGGUUUUUAGUAUCUGGAAUAUAUCGUGUUAUGUUGGUGUGAACAUAACUUAAAAUUUCAAAACACCGACCAUUUACGAUACGUGAUUACGUGAUUCUGAGGCCGGUGUAACGUCAAAAAGCAGCUGACAACUUAUAUUUAUAAAAGAUUUUGAAGAACAGACGGGGGAAUUUUGUUUAUUAAUUUUAAAAAUUCGCCCAAAUAUGCAUUUAAAAAGUUUGUUGUCAAGCAAUAUUUUGCAAAACCAAUUCAUUAUUAAUCGUGGAAUGAAAGUUUUAGCAAAAUCAUUGCAGUUCUCUGGAUAUGGGGAAGCAGCAGAUGUUUUAAAAAUUGUUGAUGAUAAAAUUGAUUGUCCUAAGGAUAAACAGGUUUUGGUUAAGAUAUUAGCAGCACCUAUAAACCCAGCCGACAUAAAUACUAUACAAGGAAAAUAUCCGGUGAAACCUAAAUUCCCAGCAGUCGGCGGUAACGAAUUUGUUGCGGAAGUAGUUGAAGUCGGUGCAGAUGUAAGUAAGUUUAAGUUAGGUCAACGAGUUGUACCCUCUAUUAGCGGCUUAGGCACUUGGCGCACAUAUGGUGUCUUUAGCGAGGAUCAACUAUUACCGAUAUCAGAUAAAAUUGGUUUAGCUGAGGCGGCAACGUUGACAGUAAAUCCUGGUACAGCCUAUCGUAUGCUAAAGGAUUUUGCUAAGCUGUCGUCAGGUGAUUGUGUAAUACAAAAUGGAGCCAACAGCGCCGUUGGUCAAGCAGUGCAUCAAUUGUGUAAGGCUUGGAAUUUAACAUCGGUGGGCAUAGUACGUGAUCGUGCAGAUAUCGGUGAACUUAAAGAUCAUUUAGUUAAACUUGGCGCUAGUCAAGUGCUAACCGAAGAAGAAUUACGUACCACUAAAAUAUUUAAAGACGGAGUUCUUCCAAAGCCGCGUCUAGCACUUAAUUGCGUUGGUGGCAAAAGUGCUACAGAAGUUUCACGGCAACUAGCAGAUAAGGGCACAAUGGUUACAUAUGGUGGUAUGUCACGUGAACCAGUAAUUGCUGCAACUGCAGCACUUAUUUUCAAAGAUAUUUCCUUUCGUGGCUUCUGGAUGACACGCUGGACUAAAGAAAAUCUAGAUGCACCAGAACGUUUUGAAAUGUUUGAUGAUUUGUGCAAACUAAUCGAAGAGGGUAAAUUUGUUGGACCACUACACGAGCUGGUGCCGCUGCACGCAUACAAGGAUGCUGUAACGGCUUCUUUAAAUUUUAAAGGUUUUGCGGGCAAAAAAUACAUAUUCGAUAUGCAGUGCGAAUAAGAUGUGCAGUGUAAAUAAUAUCUCGAACCAAAAAAUAAAGUCUGUGAUUUAAAAAAAUAAAAUUUAUGUAAUGCAGAACAAAAGCGCAAUUUAAAAUUGCAACAAAUAAAUUAAUUA